CGACGUUUCUGCUUCUCGGUUUUUAAGUGGUGUCCUCAUGGCUGGACUAAAAUCAACGGUCGCUGCUUUCGCUAUGUGGCCAAACCCAUGACUUGGGCUAAUGCUGAGAAAAACUGUCUGUCUAUGAGAGCAAACCUUGCAUCAGUUCACAACGUGUACGAGUACCGCCGGAUUCAGGCUAUGAUACUUGCAGCAAGUCGUAAUUCCAGAGAAGCAUGGCUUGGAGGCUCUGAUGCACAGCAGGAGAGAACCUGGUUGUGGAGCGAUGGAAGUCCUAUGAGGUACACAAACUGGUGUCGAGGAGAGCCUAACAAUGGUGGACACAGCCAGCACUGUUUGCAGAUGAACUAUUCAGGUGCAAAGUGCUGGGAUGACUUGUGGUGUAAUCACAGUCGGCCUUCUGUCUGCGUCAAGAGAUUCCGAAGACGGUGAGGUUCCCAAACAGGCCUGAUGUGUAAAACAGAACCAGUGGAGGAUCAGUGCUAGGUGUUUCUGUUUACCUGCCUUUCUGCAGCUUCAUAGAAAACCCAAAAUAUAUUUCAGCUUCUUUACUUCAUGUUUCUCUCUUUAAUGCAAACUAAGGAACGAAGCGACAAGCAAACAGCAGCUGGAUUGUCUCUCUUUAAUAAGAGCAGACUGAAUGAGUUAUAAGAAAAAAUUAUCUAUGCAAAACUUUCUUCUAUUCUUUGGCCAAGCAAAAAUAAAAUUUUGAGGAAUCAAAACAA